GCCCCCUCCGCAACCUUAGCUCCCGGUGCUGGUGCUCCAGCUGUUCGUAGGCCUGGGGUUGAGGGUCUGGCCCCCGACAGCCCGCCGCGACCCGACCGCCGCCGCCGCCGCGUCCGCGGGCCCGCGCCCCCCUGCCCCGCCGCCGGGCCGCCGCCGGGCGGGAGCCUCCAGGACGGCUGCCCGUGCUCCGGACCGCGGCCGCCGUUUCCACACCCCGCGCUGCCCGCCACGUCCCCGGGCUCGGCCAGCGGCGCAGCGUGACGGGUGGCCUUUCGGGGCCCAGCGCGAUGACGGCUCCCGGCUCCAGGCCGGCCCGGCCUCCUGGGCGCCGCGAGCUGCGGCCCGUGCAGGUCCCGCCGCCGCUGUUGCUGCCGCUGCUGCUGCUGCUGGCGGCCGCGGGGCCGGCGCGCGGCUGGGAGAGCGGGGACCUGGAGUUGUUUGACUUGGUGGAGGAGGUGCAGCUCAACUUCUACCAGUUCCUCGGGGUGCAGCAGGAUGCUUCAUCUGCAGACAUUAGAAAAGCAUAUCGUAAGCUUUCAUUAACUUUGCAUCCAGACAAGAAUAAAGAUGAAAAUGCAGAAACUCAGUUUAGACAAUUGGUGGCCAUUUAUGAAGUUUUAAAGGAUGAUGAACGAAGGCAGAGGUAUGAUGAUAUUCUGAUCAAUGGACUUCCAGAUUGGCGACAGCCCGUAUUCUACUACAGGCGGGUGAGAAAAAUGAGCAAUGCUGAGCUGGCAUUACUUUUGUUCAUUAUCCUCACAGUGGGUCAUUAUGCUGUGGUGUGGUCAAUCUACCUGGAAAAACAACUGGAUGAACUGCUUAGUAGAAAAAAAAGAGAAAAGAAAAAAAAGACAGGUGGCAAGAGUGUGGAUUUAUCGAAACUUGGUGCUUCAGAAAAAAAUGAAAGGUUACUGAUGAAACCACAAUGGCAUGAUUUGCUUCCAUGCAAGCUGGGGAUUUGGUUUUGCCUUACACUAAAAGCAUUGCCUCAUCUAAUCCAGGAUGCUGGACAGUUUUAUGCUAAAUAUAAAGAAACAAAACUGAAGGAAAAGGAAGAUGCAUUGACUAGAGCUGAACUUGAAACACUUCAAAAGCCAAAGAAAGUUAAAGUAAAAAAACCAAAACCUGAAUUUCCUGUGUAUACGCCUUUGGAAAGUGCAUAUAUUCAAUCAUAUGAUCAUGGAACUUCUAUAGAAGAAAUUGAGGAACAAAUGGAUGAUUGGCUGGAAAACAGGAACAGAACACAGAAAAAACAGGCACCUGAAUGGACAGAAGAGGACCUCAGCCAGCUGACAAGAAGUAUGGUUAAGUUCCCAGGAGGGACCCCAGGUCGAUGGGAAAAGAUUGCUCACGAAUUGGGUCGAUCGGUGACAGAUGUGACAACCAAAGCCAAACAACUGAAAGAUUCAGUCACCUGCUCCCCAGGGACGGUGAGGCUCUCUGAGCUCAAGUCAACAGCUCAGCAUUCCAGGCCUGGCAAGGCCACCGUGGCCCUGCCCGACGACAUCAUCACCCAGCGGGAAGACGCCCAGCAGGCCGCGGGCGCUGGGCAGGACAGCGAGCAGGAGCAGGAGGAGCAGGAGGCCGCGGUCCCGGAAGGCCAGCCGAGGAGACGCAAGCCAGCCAGGCUGCCCGAGGCGGCGGCGAAGGCAGAGCCAGAGGAGAAGUUCCGUGGAAAGAGGCAGAAGGACUUUGAUAUAUCAGAACAAACCGCAUCGAGCGACGAGGAGAGCCAGAGGAAAGAGAGAAGCCGCACUGCAGAGGAGCCAUGGACUCAGAAUCAGCAGAAACUUCUGGAAUUGGCAUUACAGCAAUACCCAAAGGGAUCCUCUGACCGCUGGGACAAGAUCGCCAAAUGCGUCCCGUCUAAGAGUAAGGAAGACUGUAUCGCUAGAUACAAGUUGCUGGUUGAACUGGUCCAAAAGAAAAAACAAGCUAAAAGUUGAAUAUUCUGGAAGAUGAUGUUCACCUUCAUUUUCCAAAAUGAGUAUUUUAAAACUCUUAUGCAGAAAUUUGCAUUUUGUACCUCAGCAUUCUAUGAAUCAUGUGCCUUAAUAAAAAAAUAAUAAUAAAUUUAAAAUAA